AUGGAUCGCUGCAUGUUUCAUUUCGGGGCUGGAACCAAAACUUGUCUGGGAAAGAACAUCUCCCUGAGCGAACUACACAAGUUGAUCUCCGCUCUUCUUCGGGACUUCAAGCUGGAACUGGCGACGAAGGAAUCGUGGAAGAUGUACAGGUUCUUCUUCAACACGCAGAAAGGUCUACUGGUUCGCUUUCAGCGGCGAAACAUCAGCACAUAG